GAAUGAUUCUGCGAGGGCGGUGCUAAGAAGUAGGAAAUCGUGUCGUUGACUGACCCGGCUCUAGAAAACCGACGACGAGAGUCAUCACCGGUAUUCUCAUCCGUAGCUGCAUCCUCAUCGGCUUAGCGUCAAUACACCACUAAGCUCCUCUUACAAACUCUUUCAGUCCGUUUCAACCUACUAGCUAGCUUGCAUAUGCAUGUUGUAAAUUAUAAAAAAUAAAUAUAAACACAUCUCUAGCUAGCUAAAGAACACAACAAUCAACCAUAUUAUGGAGACGGAAAUACACGUGCCGGUUGGGUCGCCUGUGAUAAGAAAAUUCCCGAUUUUCGUGGACGAGCUCAAAGUUACGGAUGGGGCAAUGAAGCUCAUUAAGGAGCUUCGCCCAUCGUGGGACAAGAACCAUGUCAAGACCAAGUUGUUCACCGAUGGAACCACCAACAAGCUGGUAGGCUGCUACGUGGAUGACAGUCCAGAAGAUGUGGUCCUCGUCCGGGUGUACGGCAACAAGACGGAACUCAUCGUGGACCGCGACAAUGAGCUCAAGAGCUUCCAGGUGCUGCAUGCUAAUGGCUGUGCCCCACGUCUCUACUGCACCUUCCAGAAUGGCAUCUGCUAUGAGUUCAUGCAGGGGGAUGCCCUGGGAACGCAGGAUGUCAGGGACCCCACGCUGCUCAGGCUCAUUGCCGGAGAGAUGGCUCGCAUCCAUGCCAUCCACGCACACAACGGCUGCAUCCCCAAACCCAACCUAUGGAUAAAGAUGCGCAAAUAUUUAUCUCUGGUCGCCACCGAGUUCACCGACCAAGCCUCCAACGCCAGGAUCCGCCAGGAGGUUCCCAGCCAGGCCGUGCUGGAGCAGGAGAUGGCGUGGAUGAAGGAGCACCUCUCCACCCUGGGCUCCCCCGUCGUGCUCUGCCACAACGACCUGCUCUGCAAGAACAUCAUACACAACAGCAAGGAGGGUCAUGUUCGCUUCAUAGACUAUGAAUACUCCAGUUACAACUACCAGGCCUUCGACAUCGGGAACCACUUUAAUGAGUUUGCAGGGAUGAGUGAGCUGGACUACGGGCUGUACCCUAGCCGUGAGAUGCAGUUUGAGUGGCUCCGAGUGUAUCUGCAAGCCUAUAAAACGUUUGCCACGAAAGGAGAGGAGGUCAGCCCGCGAGACCUGGAGACACUCUACGUCCAGGUCAACAAGUUUGCCUUGGCAUCUCACUUCUUCUGGGGUUUUUGGGCACUCAUCCAGGCAAAGUACUCCUCCAUCGAUUUUGACUUCCUGGGCUACGCUGUGCUGCGUUUCAACCAGUACUUCAAGACCAAGCCUGCAGCGAUGGCCCUCCAGAUCCCUGAAUGAGAGGAGGAGAAAAGAGAAAGAGGAGGAGAAGAGAGGGGCUCCCUUCACUGGCACUCUGACUAGGGGAGCAGAUGCACUUUCAGCUGAGCAGAGCAGCGGGGG